CCACUGCGUUCGUUUGUAUGGGGAAAUUGAGCAAAUAAAUAUUUAGAGUGCAAUAUUUAAAAAAGUAGUGAAUGUCAAGCAAAUUAGUAAAACAAAAAAGAUUCUGGCACUUUUCAAUAAAAAAACUACUUAGUCAUGGAUUUAUGUCUACGGAUAGGGUUCCAGACAAUCAAACAUUAUAUCGACUUUAAUCCAGCAACAUUAAAAAAAGGUUCUGCCCUCACAUCAACGCACGUGGUCCAGGUGGAAGAAUGUUUCUACCACGAAAUAAAUUCAUCCAUCAUACGGUGUAACGUAAUCCGCCAGACUUCUGUUACUUUACCUCCAUAUAAGGUGCAAUUAGAGAUUGACAAUAAUCGCAAUAUAACAAACGUCGAGUGCGAUUGUGUAUCAGCCGCUGGGAAAAAAUGUAAACAUAUUUGCGCUUUGAUAUGUUAUAUUAAUUCGGAUCGAAGUGCAACACAAACGAGCUUGAACCAAAAAUGGGGAAGGCCUUCGAGAAAUCAACUCGGGAAAGAAAUGUAUGCGAAAGGAAUUAUCAUCACGGAGCAGUUUAAAACUAAAAACGUCAUGAAACUAGUAGACGCUUCUCCGUAUGUAGUGCAAUUAUCCGAUGUAACGCACCCUUGUGCAUUGGGUUUGAUCUUAGCCGCUGAAGAGCGUCUGAAAGACAAUGCGAUUAAUGAGAAAACGAUGUUAUGUAACGUAACUCGGUUAACUUCAUUAAAUAAUGAGCUAUCUUGGGAAACUUGCGUUAUGAAUUUAAUCAUAUUUGCAGAAGAGAGUGAAUUAUACGUCCAAGAAUGUUUCUUUUCAAGCAUCGCAGUGAAAUCUUUUUAUGAAAAAUAUAUUCAAUUAAGUCAACAAGAAAUCAUUGAGCUGUGCAUUAGAACUGUUGAUCAAAGCAAUUGCUUUGAUUGGUUCAUGGCUAGAAAACUCAGAAUAACUGCGAGUAGUAAAGCUCACGCAAUCAAAACACGAACAAAACGCAAUCUUGUUAAGAUGAUAGAGGCUUUUUUAAAUGUAGUUCACACUAAAUCGUACGCCGCGAUGCAAUAUGGCCAAAAAAUGGAAAAAAUUGCUCGAGAGCAUUAUGAAACAUUAUUAAAUGUUCAGGUUUUAAUCAUUGGUACAGUUGUUUUACAGGCUCAGCCAUGGUUAAGUGCGUCUCCUGACGGAGUUGUGAUAGAAGAUGGAUGUAUAACGAAAUUAGUAGAGAUCAAGUGUCCUUAUUCGUGCAAAAAUGUACCCGUUUAUGAUAAAAUCUUAAACACUUUCAAUGUCCCAUAUUUGGUUGAUGUGAAUAAUAACGUAGAAUUGAAAUCAACACACCAAUACUAUACACAGUGCCAAAUGCAAAUGUACGUAACAGGAUUGUCACAUUGUGAUUUGUUUGUAUGGUCACCAAAGGAAGGUUGUGUUGUUCCUGUGUCAAGAGAUGAUUCCUUUUUAAAAGGUUUGAUACCGAAACUACAUUCAUUUUACUUCAACCACUAUUUACAAAAAUUGUGUGAAAGCGACAAAGAAAAUAUCAACCCAAAAUAGCUUCAUUUCUCGACGUAAAGCUGUUAUCAAACCAAACAAAAAUAUUUAUAUUGUAUCACCCAAAGAUAUAUUUUUAGAAAGUUCAAUAUGAGAGAAAAAUAUUACCUGAUAGUUUUAUUUAUAUAAUGUGUAAGGCUUGAACUGUGAUGAGAAAAUAGUUCAGAAUAAGUAUUAUGCAUACAUUCAAAAAUCUAGUGAUAUAAUGCAACAAAAUUAUUUCGGUUUUUCGUAUUUUUUGUAAUCUGUUACUGAGUAACUAACCAAAGACUUUGCUGUAACAUGAAAUAACAUGCAAUAAAAUUAAAGAAAUCGCGUUGGUACAAGAAAAA